AUGGCUAUGGAGGUUCUCGAGAAGGAGCUGGAGAAGCUCAAGGACACGGCCCAGCUCUCCAACUCCCUGGCCAACGUCGACAAGAUCAUCGAUCUCCUGACUGCCGCAAGGUCCGAGGUCGAGAGAGCCAACGACCCCCAUGUCACCAGCCUCACCCUCACCAAGCUCCAGAACCCUGUCCAGAGAGGCUUGGAUGCCGUGCUCGACGACUUAAAGGUGGUACACAAGGGCCAGGUCAAGUUUGGGAAGGCCCUCGAGAAGGCCCUGACGACCGACAAGGACACCAAAGGAAGCCUGCCCGAGGACCAUGAUCCCAUGGCACAACACCCCACCCUCAUCAACCGCGCCAUCGCCAUGCAUCUGCUGCGGGAAGGCCAGUUUGGUGUCGCUUCAGCCUUCAUAGCCGAAGCCCAGCCACAACGGCCACAGUCUUCGAUAUCGCAGCUCCAGUCACAGUUGUCGCCCUUGUCGCCAUCGAGUGUCACUUCCCCCACAUCGCGGCGCUCUCCAGAGCCCUAUGAAUCUCAUCUCACCCCCAUGGAUGAGCUCUCGGCCUUGCAGUCCGAGACACUGCAGUCCUCGUUCGCCGAGAUGUAUUCCAUACUCUCCUCGUUGAAGGAACGCAAGCUGCUGCCCGCCAUAAACUGGGCCCGCUCCAACUGUGCCGAGUUGGAGGCGCGGGGCUCCAAUCUUGAGUUUGAGCUCUGCAAACUUCAGUUCAUAUGGCUGUUCAAGGGCCCUUCGGUCAAUGGCCUUCCAGACACACCCGAGAACGGCCGCCUAGGGGCUCUGUACUACGCCAGGGAGAACUUUGGACGCUUUCAACAUCGUCAUAUUCGCGAGAUCCAGCAGCUCAGCUGUGCCAUGGUAUACGCCUCCAAUCUCCCCGCGUCGCCUUACCGGUCCAUCUUCGACAUUGCCAUGGCCUUUGACGAGGUCGCAGCAUCCUUCACCCGCGAGUUCUGUUCGCUCCUCGGCUUGUCUGCCGAGUCACCUCUAUACGUUGCCGCCACGGCCGGUGCCAUAGCGCUGCCGCAGCUCAUGAAGUUCCUGAACAAGGUCAAGGGCAAGAACACGGAGUGGACCACGACACAAGAAAUGGCAUUCGAGACGCGCUUGCCUAAGAGCAUGGUCUACCACUCCAUCUUCGUGUGUCCCGUCAGCAAGGAGCAGACUACAGCAGAAAACCCACCAGUGAUCCUACCCUGCGGGCACGUACUCGCACGGGAGAGUCUGCAGCGGAUCAGCAAGGGAAGCCGGUACAAAUGUCCCUACUGCCCGAACGAGGGCUCGGUGAAGGACGCGAAAGAAAUCAUCUUGUAA